CCGCCGCUCAGUGCCGCCGAGUAACCUGGUUUCCCGGCGUCGGCCCGGCCCUCCUCCCUCUUUUCUUUUCUUUUUUUUUUUUUUCCUUCCCUUUCCCCUUUUCUUUUCCUCCCCCUCCCCUCCCUUUCCUUCUCCUCCCCUUUCCCCCGACACCGUAACCAGGGCUCGGGUUCACUCCCUUCCUUCCCCCCCCUCCACCGCCACCCCUUCCCUCCCCUCGAGCUGCUGCCGCGGUAGGGACCUGGAGAGAGGCGCCGCCUCCGCCGCCGCCGCACACGGAGACAUGUACCCGGGAGCCGCCUCCGCCGGACCCGUGCUUGCACCUCCUCCACCAUUGCCACCACCAGUACAAGGAUAUGCCUUUAAACCACCACCUCGACCAGACUUUGGCACUUCUGGGAGAACAAUCAAACUGCAGGCCAACUUCUUUGAAAUGGACAUUCCUAAAAUAGAUAUCUACCAUUAUGAAUUGGAUAUAAAGCCAGAAAAAUGCCCUAGAAGAGUUAACAGAGAAAUAGUGGAGCAUAUGGUUCAGCACUUUAAAACCCAGAUUUUUGGGGAUCGCAAACCAGUUUUUGAUGGAAGAAAAAACCUUUAUACAGCUAUGCCACUGCCCAUUGGGAGAGAUAAACAGGUGGAGCUGGAGGUCACGCUGCCAGGAGAAGGCAAGGACAGAAUAUUUAAGGUGGCUAUAAAGUGGAUGUCCUGUGUGAGUUUGCAGGCUUUACAUGAUGCUCUUUCUGGUCGGCUGCCAAGUGUCCCAUUUGAAACCAUCCAGGCACUGGAUGUAGUGAUGAGGCAUUUGCCUUCCAUGAGAUAUACUCCUGUGGGACGAUCUUUUUUUACAGCAUCAGAAGGGUGCUCAAAUCCAUUGGGCGGUGGCAGAGAAGUGUGGUUUGGUUUCCAUCAAUCAGUCAGACCUUCAUUAUGGAAAAUGAUGUUAAAUAUUGAUGUAUCUGCAACCGCGUUUUACAAAGCACAGCCAGUUAUUGAGUUUGUAUGUGAAGUUUUGGACUUCAAAAGCAUUGAAGAACAACAAAAACCUCUGACAGAUUCCCAAAGGGUAAAGUUUACCAAAGAAAUAAAAGGUCUAAAGGUGGAGAUAACACACUGUGGACAGAUGAAAAGAAAGUACAGAGUGUGCAAUGUCACCAGACGACCAGCAAGUCACCAAACAUUCCCACUUCAGCAGGAGAAUGGCCAAACAGUUGAAUGCACUGUAGCUCAGUAUUUUAAGGACAGACACAAGUUAGUUUUACGCUAUCCUCAUCUUCCAUGUUUACAAGUUGGACAGGAGCAGAAACACACCUACCUUCCUCUUGAGGUGUGCAACAUAGUGGCAGGACAAAGAUGCAUAAAGAAACUCACUGACAAUCAAACUUCCACUAUGAUCCGAGCAACUGCCAGAUCAGCACCUGACCGUCAAGAAGAGAUCAGCAAAUUGAUGCGGAGUGCGAGUUUUAACACCGACCCUUACGUUCGCGAGUUUGGAAUCAUGGUGAAAGAUGAAAUGACAGACGUGACUGGUAGAGUCCUGCAGCCUCCUUCCAUCCUCUAUGGAGGCAGGAAUAAAGCAAUUGCCACACCAGUGCAAGGAGUCUGGGACAUGAGGAAUAAACAGUUUCACACUGGAAUUGAAAUCAAGGUUUGGGCGAUUGCGUGUUUUGCUCCCCAGCGCCAGUGCACUGAAGUUCAUCUGAAAUCCUUUACAGAACAACUGAGGAAGAUUUCCAGAGAUGCAGGAAUGCCAAUCCAGGGGCAGCCGUGCUUCUGUAAAUACGCACAGGGAGCUGACAGCGUGGAGCCCAUGUUCAGACAUCUCAAGAACACUUACACUGGGCUGCAGCUUGUUGUUGUAAUUUUGCCAGGAAAAACACCAGUCUAUGCGGAGGUGAAGCGCGUGGGGGACACUGUGCUGGGCAUGGCCACGCAGUGUGUGCAGAUGAAGAACGUGCAGAGAACAACACCACAAACUCUGUCCAACCUUUGCUUAAAAAUAAAUGUCAAAUUAGGAGGAGUCAAUAAUAUUUUGCUGCCACAGGGAAGACCACCAGUAUUUCAACAGCCUGUCAUAUUCCUCGGUGCAGAUGUAACUCAUCCACCAGCUGGAGAUGGAAAAAAGCCUUCCAUUGCUGCAGUAGUGGGAAGCAUGGAUGCUCACCCUAAUCGAUACUGUGCCACCGUUCGGGUCCAGCAGCACCGCCAAGAGAUCAUCCAAGACCUGGCUGCCAUGGUCAGGGAGUUGCUUAUUCAGUUCUACAAGUCAACGAGAUUUAAACCAACCCGGAUCAUCUUCUACAGAGAUGGAGUUUCUGAGGGGCAGUUUCAACAGGUUCUCCAUCAUGAAUUGCUGGCUAUCAGAGAAGCAUGCAUUAAAUUAGAAAAGGAUUACCAGCCUGGAAUCACGUUUAUAGUGGUGCAGAAAAGGCAUCACACCAGACUCUUCUGUACAGAUCAAAAAGAACGGGUUGGAAAAAGCGGAAACAUUCCAGCUGGUACCACAGUGGACACAAAGAUCACCCAUCCAUCAGAGUUUGACUUUUACCUGUGCAGUCACGCUGGGAUUCAGGGAACAAGCAGACCUUCUCAUUACCACGUCCUCUGGGAUGACAAUCGUUUCUCUUCGGAUGAGCUGCAGAUUCUGACCUACCAGCUGUGUCAUACGUACGUGCGCUGUACCCGCUCCGUUUCCAUCCCUGCACCAGCAUACUAUGCACACCUGGUUGCCUUCAGAGCCAGGUAUCAUCUGGUGGAUAAAGAACACGAUAGUGCUGAAGGAAGCCACACUUCUGGGCAGAGCAAUGGCAGAGAUCAUCAAGCACUUGCUAAAGCAGUUCAAGUUCAUCAGGACACCUUACGCACGAUGUACUUUGCUUGACAUGUUUUAAUGUUCAGCAACUCCGUUACAAUACAGAGUUGGAUUCACGUGAGACCAGCUGCACUUAGACCAACAGUUGCCCAGGCUCAGUGACAGCCAGCAAUGAGUGAUGCAUCUCUUAAUUGGUUUGUUUCUUUCCCAUUUGCAAGAAAGCCUUCCGUCCAGGAUUUCAGACUUGCUUCCGAGCUGCAUUCUCGUACCAAACCCCACCAUGUUUUGCCAAAAAAAAAAUCUCUAAGCUGCUUGCUACAAAACAGACCCAGAUUUUAUAACUCAAUCAAGAGCUGUGAUCUCAGGGCUUAGGGAAAAAAAAACCCACCAAACAAAACCAACAAACCCCACCAACCCAACCCUGGAAAGCCCUCAUUUCAGUGUGCUGUUCAUUGGAGUGAUUUGCAAAGAUCCCACUCAUACUAAAGUUUCACGGGCUAAAAUGCUGUGAAUUAGCUUUUAAUACACAGGAAAGCAAAGUGAUUUUGGACUAUUUAUGAAGCCUUGAUUAUGCUAAGAUGCAUUUACAAGCGUUUCUUGAUUUUGAAGAGUGGCAAAAAUCUGGUUUUCCACUUGUCUUACAAAGGUGAUUCUCAGUGUGUCGAAGGGCAAAUGGAUUUUCUGAAGCUCGUUCUUGAAUGUUUUUAUUGUGCUGCAUUUGGAAAGUGAUUCUUUUUUUUUUCAUAGACUAAAGGAGAAUUUUUAACCAGAAUGAACUUGUACCUAAAGCUUUUAAUAGGUCCAGUUUAGAUUGGCAAAGGAAAACGUGCCAUUUCAAAACAAACAGAUUUGUAGAGGAUUUUUGUUGUUUGUAAGAUCACGCUGACGACCAACUUCAGAGUUUGUCACACGGGACUGUGACACUUCCAAAGUCUCUCUAAAGAAUACGGGUCUGUGGUGAGAAAUCCAGUACAAUCCUUUUUUUUUUUCACUGUUGUUUGAGUUAAUGUAAGUUUUAUAUAUGUUUCACAGUAUUAAUGUGAUAGACUAGAUGCUCUUAUUUAUUUACUAAGGAGUGCUCAUUAUACUUCUGUUAACAUAUCGAGAAUGCUUUGGAUUUCCAAAUCAAAACCUUAGCGUGGGGGGGAUGUGAGGAUUCAAAUGCAAAACAUAUGCAAAUGACUUUGUUGAGAGUUCAGAGCUCCAUGCAGUAGAGCUUGUAGAUAAGUGGCAGAAAGGCUUUCUAAGCCUGCACACACCAGAACAGGUUUUCCCUGUGCAGUUCAGACACGCACACGACACCAGCGUCCUCCGUUCACUCAAGCACAAAGCAGUUGUGUUUCCUUCAGCUGUCGAACGUUGGUGAAGCAGGAGCUCUAAAUAGAGGAGAGUGGCUCACUUUGUAUCUUAGACACAAGUCAGAGAAUCUAUGCAGUAAAGAGAAAUCUUAGGAAACUGAAGUUUACUUAGGGAGGGAGGGGGAACUCUCUUUGUUCCGCGUAAGGUCGAUGGGAAAUGGGAGAGUUCCGCUGGUCUCUUCGGAGAAGCAUUAAUGAAACCCGAGAACCAUCAGACAGAUGCUUCUGUUAGUUUGCACACUGGGUUCAUAACAAACCAUGAUACACAUGUUAAACCAUUGCACUAAUUACCAUGCCACGAGCAGGUUUAGAAGAAGGUGGAAAAAGCCCAGGACGCUUGUUGACGCUGACUUGAGUUGGUUUGGUUUUUUCCAUGGGAGAGCUGAAAUAACGCGCUGAGGGGCAGGUUUAAAACGUGCCCUUCCUUCCCACCGAUUCCUUUUGCUUCACCUUUUCCCUCCUGUCUUAGCAGAUGAAUACAUUUACCUCCAGCCCCUGAGUUGGGUGAGCAGUUUUAACUAGGCCAAAGGUCUGUGCCAUAGGCUACAACCAGUUGCUGUUGGAUAAGCUCAAAAAUGCCCAACCUUUGCUGCAUCGAGAGUUUUUAGGUACACAGCAAGUUCAGAUUGGUCCUUUGUGUGGUUGAGGUGAAAUAACAAUCUAAAACCUGUUAAUAGGUUAAUGGCAUCUGUGUUUAUGCCAAUUCAGGCUGCUGGGUCAUAGUUGUGUACAUCCAGACUUUCAGUUGUGCUGGAUACCAGAAAGCAAAAGUCCAGGUCACAUUGUCUUACCUUGCCAGGUCUACAUACCUCCCCUGAAGCGCUGCCAGGCUGCAGAGCCCAGCCCUGCUGGGGGGUGUGUGCUUCAGAGGUUUCAUGUUUCAGUGAAGAUUUACAUUUGGCAGGGUUUUAUAGCAGAAUUAUUUUUUUAUGUGAAUUAUUCUUAGGAAAUAGGGAAGAAAAAAAAAGAUCAUUUUCAGGCAUCACUUAGUUUCUUUGCUCUUUGUUAUGCAGAGACCUCUUGGAUGUGAAAUUCAUCCUCCUCCUCUGUGCAGGUCUGGAACAAUUGACUUACCAAGAUGGUCAGGCGGGGUGAGGAGGGUACCCUCUGUCUCCACCUCAAAUCCUGUUUCUGAAGCAGACUGUGGGACUUCCCUGCACCCUGUUUAGGGUGUGUUCUUUGAGCUGGAAUAGUCCUUGCAGCUCCUGUUUGUGUGAGGAGUGCUCCUCAGACUCUUAACUUGAGAGUAGCUGUGUAUCCUCUUGGAGGGAACAGAAAAGUUGUGUGGCUUUCCUUGCCCGAGUGUGAAGAACUCGGGAUGGUUGUUUGCAUUUCAGCCUAUGGACACUUUGACCAAGACUCUAAUACUGAUAAUUCUCUGUGGCUUGAUUUUUCUCUCACCUUUCCCUUCCAACUGUCUGGCAAGUGGUGAAUUAGUGAAUAAUUUCAAGCAUUUUUCCUAAGAAGAUGUUGAUUAAGUGUCUGUUUGGAAAAGUCCAGUGUGCUGUGAGCCCAGCGGCUGUCCUUCUGGGAACAGUCUUACCAUCACAAAAACCCACCUCAAACACCUAAAACCUCACUCUUAGGGCUUUUUUCCUUGACUCUUGUAGGAACAGCAAUAUCUCAGGUAAGCACAAAGCUCAAGAUGUCUCUAUCUCACACCCCUUCCUGCAGUUGAGGCGGACACUUAAAACCACUAAGUCACUGUGCAGCUCAGGUCAGCAAUAACCAAAUGCAUGUUUCCCCCCCUGGCACUUGGGGGUUUUCCAGCCUGUGGGAGGGACUUGGGUGGCUCCCACUGCAGAAGAGCGUGGGGCAGGACCUCAGCCAUUCCCUCCCUCUCUCUUACCUUCCUGCCAAUGGCCUUUUCCUUGAAUUCAGCUCACUGAACCAGGGAUGUGGUUUAAUGGUGGGCUUGGCAGUGAUUGGACUCGAUCUUAAAGGUCUUUUCCAACCAAAACUAUUCUAUGACUCUGUUACUUUGCUCUUUCUGUUUUCACAAUAGAAAUGGUAACACUAUUGAAACAAACAUACUCAAAGAAUGAAGCAAGAUGUAGAACCUCUGUCCUCAGAGAGGCUCAGGCUUGGCUCAGACAUCUCCAAAGCAUGUGGUUCUGCAGCUACUCUCCCCAUGGAGAAGUGCUCCUGUGGGGAGGGCAAAAAUGUUAUCAACAAAGAGAAAAUACUCCAAAGUGGGGUUUUUUUUAAGUGUAGGAGAUAUAGUACAAUAAUUAGGCUUGUUUAGUUGGGGAAACUUCUGCUCCAGUAGCUGAAUAUUGUGAGGUGUCCACUGCACCUCUUGCAGCAGCCAGGAGACAGUUGAGUCAGUCCCUAGGAGGAAACAUCCCGAUGUGAGGUGGUGGAAGCUGGUGGAUUUGUCUCUGCCUUAUAAGAGUUUGGUGUUCAGGGUAGCCCUAUGCAAUCUUAACACUUUGUGUAUAUGCACUGAUGGAUGGGGUGAGAUCACUUGUUUUUGUUGGAACUCCUUGUUUUGGCUCAUUUGGGGUUUGAAUGUUUCAGUAGCCUUGGCUUGCUGAGUUACAAUCAAUGAUCUUCUGCGUGACAGAAGCUUUGCCAUACCAGUUCCAUGGUUCCUAGCUCUGUCAGCCUUUGGGUGAGUGGAAAGGUUGUGUUUUAAUCUGCUGGAGUCAGCAAAGAAAACUCUACUUUUUGUUUCUACUUUAAUGCUUAAAACAAGAACUCCACAAUCAUCCUUUUGGAGGCAACGUUUGCUGAUUGUAGAAGCAAAAAGGUUGGGAAGGUUUAGCUUUAACUCUGCCUCCAUCAGCAGCUCCUGCAGCCUUUGUCCCUCUUUCAUGCAAGGUGUGGUCAGGUGUGAGAAGAUGACUUUUGUGGCUGAGACCCAGGGAUUUUUCAGGGGCAGCUUUUGAAGGGUUACUUGCUGAAAAGACGAAGUUUCUAAUCGAGUUCAGAUGCUUGUGGAGCUUUUCUCUGAGGUUUCACUGGCACAAGGGCUUUUCUCUUGAGCAGGAGAUGGCAUCUUGGAGGGCUUUGCACAUCCCUCAGGUACCACAGGCACCUGCCUGGCUUUCCUGUGGAAACCCCAAUCUGCCAAUGAACCUCUACAAUGUGACAGAAAGCAAGGAGAGGAGGAAGGUCUGUGUGAACACCCCCCUGGCCAGAUGUUGUGGAUUGCAGUUUAUGAGGAAGAAUGUUGAUGUUUUCAAGUGCAAACAGGUCGGUUCCUGACUCUGUGUACCAAAGCUGCAGGGCUGGGAGGGACUUUGGGGCUCAGACAGACCUAAUGACCUCUGAUGCAACCCCCAAAGCAUCUCUAGUGGCAGAAACAACCAGAAGGAGCUUUGAGGGUUUAAGAGAUCUUUUACACGUUAAGUAAGUAAAGGAAUGUAGAAGAAGUUCUCACUGUUUCUCACCCUCAGUACCAGUGUGCUAAGAUCCCAUUUCCCCCUGUUUUUUAACACUCUUCUCCUACAGCAGCAUCUCAAUUCCUAAGGCAGGGCAGUACACAUUUUAUUGAACUCUUGAACAUUUGGUGACGACCCACAGUCUCCUCUAAGGAAAACUUCAAGCAGAAGGUAAUUGCACUGAGUUAUUGUUUUUAAACUCCCUUUUUACUGUAAGACUUUGGUUUUUAUUCUGCUGUAGCUGUUUGAAAAUACUGUAAAUAGUGCUAUUUAUAGCAAAUACUGAAGUGCUGUGGAUGCCAUUCCCUCUUGCUCGUAGGUUUUUCAGGAUGCUGCUGUAUUUUACAGUAUUGAGCUGUGAGCUUUGGAUUGAAACGUUGGCAAGACUUGUUGUGGAUCCAAGGGCACAGUUGCUUUCUUACAGUGGAAAUAUUUGGGGCUCUUUUGGACAUUACACAAUAAUUCUUCCUUCUGUUCUCUAUGCACAUUCCUCCCAAGCUGUAACGAUGCAAGAGGCUGUUUGGAAGCUGUGGAUGUGCAUGUUGUCUGUGCAGGGUUGACAUGCUAAUCUCUGAGAUCACUGUGGGGUGCCUGAGAGCAUCAUCGCCCUGUCAGACUGUCAGCUGUAGCUGUCCUGCAUUUUCCUUGCUGCUUCAGCCAAUCCUCCUGUCUGGUCUGCAUGGCAGAGUUAGUGGGAUAGGAAGGAGUCAGCAUCCAAGUGAGAAUGUCCUGCUGUCUGUCCCCCACAGGUGUGGGGUUGGUGAGCUCAGCAGGUGUUUCAGGGCUCUGAACAAAGACAUGGUGUUGCCCCUCUGAUUGCCCAUGAGGAAGCCAAUCCACCUCCUACCCAUCAGGAGUUGUCUUUUGCUUCUGUAGCCCUCAGGGACCCAAACUCCAGCCCUGUUAUCUGUGUUAGGAUGCAAACCAGCAUGUUUUGCCCCCUGUCUCUGAGGGUUAAGGAGUGGGAAGGUGCAUUCCUGCAGGGUGGUGUUAGGGGGGAUCAGGGGCUGUGGUGUGCACUCGGGGUGGCAUGGGAUCUCUUUUAGCUCCUUCACUGUGUUUCAGUUGCUUUUCCUGUGUUGCUUCUUUGCCUGAAGUGCUCCUAUGAAUGUAAUGGCUUGGCCAAAUCAUUACAAGAGGUGGGGUUGUAAUACUCUUCAGUUAGCAGGCAGAUGCAGUUAAAGGCUACCUCCUGUGUUCCUCCACACGUGAGUUAAUUUUUGAAGUGAACCUGUAACCAAGCAGCCAAAAUGCUCCCCAAUGAACUAUAUUUCAGUGGUUUAUUUCUUGCUGGAGAACCACCAGUGCCACACUGGGAUCUUGGACAGCUGCCUGUCGCUCCUCCCGUCUUCCUGAGGCCUGGAUGUGCCUUGUGUUUGAUGCAGGGUGUUAGGAAGGUACCAGAAAUGGUGAGGCAAAUGGCACAUCUGGCACUGUGGCUUGUGUUCAGGGUUCCUCAACAGCAACAACCCCCUCUCCUGUCCCCUCACUCCCUGAGUCUGUGUAUACUGUGGUUUCCAAAUGAAACACCUUUUAGUACUUUAGCUCUUGGCUGAAAAAUGCUUUUGCUGAGAAUGUGAUGGAGGUGCUUAAAUGCAUUUUGAAUCUGAGGCAAAAAAUGAUGCAUUGGAGUAUUUUUUCAUGUCUGUUUUUUCUAGUUAAGUUGCCAUGAGACUGUAACAGUGAAAAUACCCUGCUCAGACCAUGAGAAACUUUAAAAUGGGAGGGGAAGAACAUGACAAAAGCCCCAGCAAAACCCCCAGUCCCGUGUUCAUAUUGUGAAUGUUCAGUGUCAGUUAAGUGCAGAAACCCUGAAGUGUGUGUGUGUGCAGGCUGAAGGUGCUCUGACUGACCUGAAACUGUAGAAAACUGUGUGAAUACAGCAUCUUUUGUUUACAGUGAAUCCAAACAAGCUUCCUCAUUUUCUAGUUAACCACUCUGCUGACAGAAAUGCUGCCUGGGGGGGGCACAGAGCACUGCUAGAGUUUGGGGGGGGGGGGUAUUCAUUUAAAAAUAACUGGGCUCAAUGCUGUUGGCAUCUCAGAAGCCAUCUCAGAAUUGCUACCUGCAAUUUCAUCACCUCAAUCAUUAUAUGUAGACACUAAGGAAGCUAACUGAUGGCAGGGAGGGGUGCUGAAGCUCUGACUUUCUGGAAGCCAGUCCCUGUUGAGCGAUGGUGAGUGACUGAGUAACUGCAGGGGGUGAAAUCCCCAACGUGGUGUUCAGUUCCCAGUGAAAACUGAACAAAGCACAGGGUUCUGCUCUAGGCUAAAUGGCUGCUUUUCAGACUGUAUUUCACUACAUCUUGUGUUAGGGAUCCAGAGACACUACUGAGGUUGCUGUGGCCUGGGAGGAGUUUCACAGGUGUGCUGUGACUGCACUUCCCCAUGAGCAUAUCCUUGUCCAGCAAUGAGAAUGAGGUGGUGAUGAGGUGAUGUGCUUUCCAGACUACUGCAGACCCAAAGGAGCACUGGGAAGGAAGGUCAAGGGGAGGGGAGCCCUGUGCUCCGUGCUUGUCCUGCCUCGGUGGAAGAGAAACCCCAUCUGCACUCUGUGGCUACCCCAUCCCUUGUGGAAAUGAGAUAAGCAGGGGAGGGGAAACAUGUUCCUGCCAAACUGCUCAUUAAGCAUUGGUUAAGGUGGCAGUUGAAUAAUACUCUCUUGGUUUUCCUCCUCACUUCCCUGCAAGGGGCUCGAGUGCAGCCAGAGCUGUGGCACAGCCCCUCACAGGUCCCUCUGUCAGCACCUGCCCCAAAAGGGGAACAUUGGUGGGCAGUUCCCUCUGCUGGUUUUGUGUCAGAGGGCUUUGGUUGGAGCCAGGAGAGGAGUGUUGGCUGAGUUGAGAGGUUGGUGAGAGCUGUUUUUAGGUGUUUUGUGUAUGGCAAGAGGAAAAGGUGUACCCCCAGCACCAGCUGAAGGCUGGCUGCUCCCCGUGAAGUACCAUCAGAGCAGUAACUUUCCAUUUGUGCAUGGUCUGCCUCAGCAGAUGCAGCUUCAACUACCUGUGGCUACUCUUCCACCAACCACUCUCCUUGUGCUCUUCAGAAGAGGGGAGGAUUUGCAUUUCAGACCUGUAUGGAAGUGCAUCCAUUUCUGUACAGCUGUUGGGAGUGUGCAGAUUUCCCACCCCCACUUCAGAUGUGCUGUUGUACUGGUUCCCUUUAGUUUUGCAGUGCCUCCCCACCCCUUCCAUCUCUAAGCACAACUACAGUUCCUGCUGGAAUAACUACUGCCUGAUCCUCAGCAGGGAUUACAGCUGUUAACUAACCCAGGAAUUGGCCCUGAAAUAGAAACUGAAACUUUUGUGGCCAUUUUAUGGUUUGUUGGGUGUGCUUGGCAGGCACAAGUUGUGAGAAGGGCAGCAAGCAAUCUUGGCAGUUUCCAGUUCCCUGGCUGGUGCUCUUUGUGUUUGCUUUGCUAGCUCAGAUUUCCUGUCACAAAAAGAAUACAUUUAAUGCCAACUCUGUUCUGCUUGUAUCAGCUUUUCCUGCUUUCAAGCCCAUGAGCAGAGGGAGCUGCACUCCUGCCAGUGCAGGUGAGAUUGCACAUGUUUUGCUCUUCAUGUAGGCACAAAGCAGAUGUGGUGUCCCAGAAUCUCAGCCAUUCUGUGGACACUGGCCCACGUGCUGGGGGUAGGGUCGUGCCCAUCAACACAGUGGACAACCCAAAGAAGUUUCUUCCCUAGGUUCCACCAAAGUGAGUUGUGCAUCAGCCGGGAGCUGCCCAGAUCCCACUGUUAGCAAAAACAGAGGUACAGCCACUCUAAGCUGCUUGUUCCUGAUACAUUUUUCUCAUGGAGCUCAACAAGACCAAAUCCUUGAAGUGCUUCAUCGCAUUUCCAAGGGACAGCUCUGUAAUUUCAAGUCAAUGAUGUUUUAAUUGGCCGGCUCCAACGUGUAACUGACCUUCAGUUGUCUGUCAGUGAGGCAUCCCCAGCGGCUCCCACCAAGAGAUUUGUUGUUGCUCUAGUUGUUUGUUACCUGGUUUGGGGCACUAAAAGAUAAUUGGAGUCCAUGGAGGGGGGGGAGGGAAGUGUUAGAUAUGUUUGUUUAAGGAGUAUUUCCCAGUAAACCAUUUGGGAAAGGAAGGCAUUUGUCUAGGGGGAGAGGAAAGGGAAGAAAAAGCCAACCAAAAGAAGCUCCGUUCAGGAGGAAGCUUCAGAAUUGUGGCUCUCAGAAAAUCAAAUGUGAAAUAAGGUGCAGUGAGGAGAUAUCUGGCCAGGUUCUGCAGAGUGUUCUCACUUGCUUUCUGUGCUUUGUUGGUAAAGUGGGGUAGAUUUUAUACAUGGAGCCCUGUGUGCACGUGGAUUGGGGAAAGGACUGUUUGUUACAGGUGGAAAGGUGGGGUUCUGCUGGCAACCAUCAGCACCAUUUCCCUGCCUUCUGCAGGACUUUGUACAAAUCACCAGAGCCUCCAGAUGGAGGGCAGUGGGUAGGGGAAGGCCCAGAUUUCUGUCCAGCAAAGUGGUUAACUUCAUCUCCAGAAGGUGAGAUGCAAACCGGAAUGUAUUGAUGAAAUCCUUUCCUCUUCGCCUUCCUUCCGCCCUGAGGCGGGUUUGACUGACAGCUCUUCAGCUUAGAAGCUUUGUGUUCUGCAGUUUUCAAAGAGGUUUGAUGUUUGUAAUGAAAUAACUGCAAAAAGAGAACCAAAAAACCAACCUGGCAGUUGCAUAUUGUAAAUGUUCCCUCCAGUCCAAACGUUUUUAGGCCCUUUUUGAGUUUGCUGGGUAUUUUGCAAGACAAAACACACGAAGGGCCUCGUUUUUGUGUGGCUCUAAAGGUCUGUUGACUCAUUUCUACCUGUGUGGCAUCUGUACCAAAAUGUCUUGUGCUUGCAGUACCUAAAGGAAGUUGUGCCCCUGCACUUGCACCAGGAAGAGCAGGCACAGAAACACCCAGAGCUGAGUUUUGGCCAUGGGAAGUGUCUCUCUUGGCUCCUCUGACACGGUUUCACGUGGGCGUGUGGAGUUUCAGUCCGGGGGUGUGGAUCUGCUGACAUCUGUGUGGUGAUGCCACUUGAAAUGAAGCCUUAGCAAAAACAAGAGACUUGUUCUGGUUUUCCUUCGUGUGUGCAAAAGAGCUGUUGAACCAGAGCAGGGACCUUCCUCUGAAGGUGAACCAUAGAAAAGGGAAUGAAGAGGCGAGAUCUCUGUGCUGGGUCUGACCUCUUCAGGCACUGCCUGUGGCUGGGCCCUCGGGGGCCUUUCUCACAUCUCACCUUUUCCAUUUCAUUGGCCAUAUUCCCCUCCCUCCCCCUGCUAGGAAAUCUCUUGCCCGAAGGAGUGAUCUCACACUUAACAUUUACAUCCCCUAUCCCCUCAGACAAAGCUGUUCCUGAGUGCUGUGCUUGCUUCAGAUAGUGCCAGUUUCCACUUCUUCCGACUGGCAUCAUCCUCAAACCAUCUUCAAACGAGGCAGAGAGUUGGGGACCCAGCUUGCUGGUCUGUUUGGUUUUUGUUAAUUCUUAUUACUUCUUUUGGAUUUGGAUCUACCUCAUUACAACAGUUGGGUGCUAUUGACUCAAAUUGUGGCUGAGAUUGGCAGAAGUGACCAAACCCUGUGGGCCAGGAGGCCGCGACCCCGGGGCUCCGUGUGCACGGACAAUAACAUUGGAUGGGACUUUUCUUCGUGCCUUUGUGGUGUUGAUUUGGUUUUGGUGUUUGUCCCUCCCCAGUGGUAACAAUCAGAAGUUUGUGUUCUCUAUCAAAAACAGCAAAGGAAUUUUAACCACAGAGUUAGUUUAAAAAAAAACAAGCAAAAACAAGCCAGAAAAUACAGGUUUAGGAAGAACUGAGGCAUUUUUCAGUGUAUCAGAUGAUAAAAUGUAGAGUAUCAGAGCAGACCUAGGCAAGGAGAAACACCCAGAGAGGAAUCUGUUGGAAUGUGUCAUCCUGACCCUAGAUUUAUACAGCUGUGUGUACAUAGAUUUACACACACACACAUAUAUAUGUAUAUACACACACCCUUGUAUCUGGAGUUGUCCCUGGCUAUGUGCAUAAAACAGACCCAGCUGUAAGGGGAAGGGAUGAAAACAUCACAGGCUCCUCCACAGAUUUGUAUGUAGCAGUUUACAGCUCCCUGGAAGGUUUUUUUCUACUCUGUGAACUUUUUUACUUCAGAUGAAUUCCUGUUUUGGGGGGGGGGAAGACUUUCAGUUGUGAUAGGCUAUCAUUUCUGUUGAAGGUGUAGAGAAAGAAAUUACUUGUUAACAGUAUCUAAUACAGAGGGGGGGAAGCUUUUCUUUUCCUGUAUAAUUGUAUUAACUAUUAAAGGAAAAAACAAAUCUAUCUGGAACUGUACCAGUGCUGACAUUCCAUCGUGGCAGGACUUCAAAGCUGUUUCCUAAGGCUUUGUGCUGCAGAGACUCGAACACAAGGAGAAUGCCUCUGUUCAAUGUUUUUAUGGAACUGCUCCAUCAGGUCUAUACUUAAGCUAUAUUUUCUAAAGCCUAAUCAUCCUUUAAUAUGCUGCAUAUAAAUUAUCAGCGUGGUUGCACUUUCUCAGUAAUAAUGUUUGCCCUGCAGUUGGCUCGGGAGAAGGACUUGUAGUUUGUUUUGUAACAAAAACCAAGAGUACUUUGGGCAGAAGGUAAUAUUUAUAUAGGUACCUCAAGAAAAAAUAAAAACCAGAGCCUGGAUAUGCUGCAUUUUGUUCCUUUAACAUUUUUCAUGUAGCAUUUGUUUGCUUUUAUUCUUUGUAGGGGUUUUUUAGUAGCUUCCUAGCUGCCCGUUUUGCUUUGGGGGGACCCCGGUAGCGUUGUAGGCUGUUUGCUCUUGUGGAACGUGGUGUCCUCGCUGGGUGGCACUGGGCUGGGAUGUGCCCUGUGGUGUGGACGUGAGGGGAACCACGAGGGAAGGAAAUAGGCUUCACCCAGACUUCAGGAAAAGGAUACUGUUUCUAAACCAGACUGUAUGUGUUCCUCAUUCUUAGUCUUUUUUAAACUUAGAGGGGUUUUCUGUUUGCUUGUACUGCUUUCUUGACUCUUUUUCUCAAACACGAGUGUGGAGAGGGGCAGCUUAUACAGAGGAAAACCAAACUGACCACACUUGCCUUGUUGGUUGAUGCAGAGAUUGGGGGAUUUCUUUCGUUGAGAACCGUUGAAGGAAGCUUCCCAGGCUGUGAAAUCAAGCGUUUCUUGUUGUGUUUUGUUUCAAGCUUAGGUGGGUCCUUUUCCAAGUUUGUUUUACAGCUUGCAAGGUAAAAAAAAAAUAGUUUGCACUACUUUUGCAAUAAACUCAUGAGAAAAAAAAACCCUAACAGUUUCUGUUUUGGUUUCUUACUGUAUAUAUAUACAACUAAUACUAAAGAUUUUAGUGUAGUGUUUUUCACCUCAAAACAUGAGACUCGUAACAAGCUCCGAAUGCUGUAAUUCCUGACAGAAUAAUGAUGUGAAUGAUAUUUUAUAAAGUUAUUUUGUAUGGUGUCAAUUUUGGUUUUGCCUCAUAGUAUGUCAAUAAAAUUCCUCAUCUUUACAA